CCCGGGGCAGUGAGUCCCGGGCUAGCUUGCUCCCGUAGCCGGCUACCUAGUGUAGUCUCGCCCUGCCCGACACGUUUCAUGGCGGCUCAGCCAGUGUCCCGGAUGCUGCGGCGGGUCCUGAGGUCCAGCGUCCGGAGCUGCAGCUCGGGCGCUCCGGUGACGCAGCCACACCCCGGAGAGCCCUCCCAACCUGCCGUGGAGGUGCUGUCCGGACGGAGGCGGUUCCUGAUGGAGCAUGCAGCCCCCUUCUCUGCCUUCCUCACCGACAGCUUCGGCCGGCGCCACAGCUACCUGCGGAUCUCCCUCACCGAGAAGUGCAACCUCAGAUGUCAAUACUGCAUGCCCGAGGAGGGUGUCCCUCUGACCCCCAAGGCAGACCUGCUAACCACAGAAGAGAUCCUAACCCUGGCCCGCCUCUUUGUGAAAGAAGGCGUAGACAAGAUCCGACUCACGGGCGGGGAGCCGCUCAUUCGGCCGGACGUGGUGGACAUUGUGGCACAGCUCCACCAGCUGGAAGGGCUGAGGACCCUUGGCAUCACCACCAACGGCAUCAACCUAGCUCGGCUGCUGCCUCAGCUUCAGAAAGCUGGUCUCAGUACCAUCAACAUCAGCCUGGACACGCUGGUACCAGCCAAGUUUGAGUUCAUCGUCCGCAGGAAAGGCUUCCGCAAGGUCAUGGAGGGCAUCCACAAGGCCAUUGAGCUGGGCUACAAUCCUGUGAAGGUGAACUGUGUGGUGAUGCGAGGCCUGAAUGAGGACGAACUCCUGGACUUCGUGGCCUUGACCGAGGGCCUUCCCCUGGACGUGCGCUUCAUAGAGUACAUGCCCUUUGACGGCAACAAGUGGAACUUCAAGAAGAUGGUCAGCUACAAGGAGAUGCUGGACACCCUCAGGCAGCAGUGGCCGGAGCUGGAGAAGCUGCCGGAGGAGGAAUCCAGCACAGCCAAGGCCUUUAAAAUCCCUGGCUUCCGAGGCCGAGUCAGCUUCAUCACGUCCAUGUCUGAGCAUUUCUGUGGGACCUGCAACCGCUUGCGAAUCACAGCUGACGGGAACCUCAAGGUCUGCCUCUUUGGGAACUCAGAGGUAUCUCUACGGGAUCACCUGCGGGCGGGGGCCUCUGAGGAGGAGCUGCUGAGCAUCAUCGGGGCUGCUGUGGGCAGGAAGAAGCGGCAGCAUGCAGGGAGGGCAGGGUCCUGGCAUCCAAAAACUGUUAUGGGCUCCAUCAUGGGUGACCUUGCAGUGUACGGCGGGGGUUUUUUGUCGGGGUGCGGUAGGCAUGUUCAGUAUUUCCCAGAUGAAGAACCGGCCCAUGAUCCUCAUCGGUGGGUGACCCAUCAAGUUAUUUUUGAUGUGCCAAGAUUCCCCACCAGCCAUUCCAAGCAUCUCCUUCAGGGACUCCCUCCGUGUUCAGGGUCUGAGACACAGACAGGGACAUCGUGUUGGCAGAGAUCAAGCUCGUCAGCAAGACCGGGGGUCAGCGGGGGGACUUCCAUCGGACGUAGAGGUCCCGCCCCCUCUCACCCCUGGCCCAGCGAGGUCAAGAGAUGGGAUGCGAUUUCAGCCGAGGGAAAGACAUCAAGUUCCUUUCACCCUGUCACCAGUUACCUUCAACCGGUAGGAACCCCAGUUAAACCGAACUGUGCUUUUCUGUGGAUCCAACGUGUCUCGAACGUCUUCCAUAUUCCUUCUUCCCUGGUGCGUAUCCAGCCUUCCACGGUGGGUGGGAAUGCCGGGGUUCGGGCAGGCCUGUUGACUAGACGUGGAGCCCUCCCUAUUCCGGGUCCCAGUGGGUGAGGUGGACCUCGGCCCGGCCAGUCUGGGGGGAGGACCCUGCGAGGUUCCCACCACAACCUUCCCAUUGUCCCAAAGCCGGCUUCUUCCAGCGGGGGCUUGUGGGUAUCACACAGCUCUGCGGCCACUCUUCCUGGUAAGCCUUCACCUGACCCUCACCUGGACUCCAGGGUGGCUGCUUCACACCGGUCCCGACCAGGCUUACACUUGCUCAAUCCCUCCCCCCUUGAACCAACACACAUGUUGGGCUCGGCAACCCUGUGUUUCUUCCCCUGCAGCUACUGUGGUCCCACCCCCAGAAAAGAUAGGCAGCUGAAGCGUGGGCCCAGCCCACCAGUCUGUCCACUGGCAAUAACCCUGAGCUGGAG